AUGGGAAACUUCCACUCCGAAGCUAUUCUCAAGGACAGACUCACACUGCAACCUGCCAUUACAGCAGGUCUUUUCCAGAAUGGCCGCGUGUCUUCCCCAAAGCCUGUUGAGGAGCUGGCGUACAAUUCCUUGGCUACACUCGAAAACCCGCCGCCCCGUUUGCCCUCACGACAACAGCACAACCGCGUUUUUAGGACGCAAAGACGAGCGACGUAA